CCUCAACCCUAUUUUCUCUCCACGUGCAACCGCCUGCUCUUAUCCUUCUCCUUUCUUUGACCUCGCACGUUUCAAUUUGAUUUAAACUCAAUCUCAUCCUUGCUGUAUACAUGGGCCUCCCUUGAUUGUUGUCGGACCUUCUACUAUCGAACAAAUAAAAUAUCGACCCAUAUUAUUUUUGGUCCAACAUUUUGCCCCCAAUUCAUGAUGAAGUAGGCGCGCAAAACGAGUAUUCUUCAUUAUGAAUUUAAACGCUUGGUUUAUAUUUCAUAUCGAGCCACGCAAACUCCUUCUGUCCUGACCGAAUUGCUCUUCUUCUUCUCUUGAAUUCUACAAUGAGUCUUUUUGCCUUCAUUCGAAACCAUCUUUCUCUACUUCCUUCUGUGGGCUUCUUCACUCGCUCAUCCUGUCGCUAUCAUGGAUAGCGUUGUUUUUGUGAACAAGAAAACUUUGGAGGCCAAGAACACCAGAGCGUGCGAGCUGACGGAACAAGAAAGAGACGACAUCAAGAACUCCUAUGGCCUCCCUGAUUCAGCCAAGAUUCGGUUCCCUCGUCACUCCGAGAGAGUCGAUUGGUAUUGUGCAGGAUGUAUUAGUUUCUUCCAAAUACCCUUUCAAAAAAUUGGGACUGUGAUUUCCGUUCUCCGACUUCGUGUCUGGAUUCCUGACCGUAGCUAGGGUUUCUCCAGCUCAGAUAAUGCCGCAAACUUGGAGACUUAUCCGCUCUUUGGAAGUCUUAAUAGAGAAGUAUGGCUUAAAAUUCUCCGCACAUGAUUUGGGUUAUACCUACGAUCUGCGCACCUCAGGAAAAGGUCGAUUCAUACUCAUAGUAAAAUCUGGCAGAGACCCACUAAUCCUUGGAAUAAGCAAUGCAAAUGACAGAGGGUGGAUGACCAAAUUUUUCUUCGUAGAGAGAUCUUCCCUUGGCGAGAGCGGAGGAUUCUUGACCGACAACUGGAGAACCGCCGGUGAGGAUCAGAAAACCAUUCCUCUUGAAUUUGGCCCUCAAGCGGAAGAACAAACCGUCCUUCUCUUGGAUCUUGGGACCGAAGCGCGUUUGUACUCGGCACUAGUUACUGAAAUCAAAGAUGGGUCCUCCAUUUCAGUUGAAGGUUCUGACAAGGAGGAUGAUGUUGUCAGUCUAGACGAAGAGACGGGCAUGCAGCGAGCUCCAGAAGGUUGCCUUUCGGUUUCCUUGGUUAAUCCCAUCUCAGCCUUGCCAUCUACUGCUGCGGCUGCUUCUUCUUCAACUAGCACUCGCAAGCCUUUGAAUCCUCUUGAUCCCACUCGUUUAUCAUUAAAAAGGAAGAAAGUGACUCCCCCUCUUUCUCCGGUUAUUAAAAUAAAACAUGUGGAUGCUUGCCCCUUACCUAAUCCUUCUGAACCUAUGAUGAUCAGCGCCCGGACUGUGCCCCCAGCUGAGUUGAAUGCCAAUUUUUCUGGCGACCUUCAUUGCUUGGACAAGGUCUUGGAAAUAAGAAAGGAAAUAUCUCCGCUGUUGUUGCCUUCAACUCAGGCUGCAUUCUCGGGCGUUACCCUCACUGAUAUGCUUUCAGCUUCGUCUGCACUUUUAUUUCAGGGAAUGCAAGUCUCUUUGGCCGCUGAAGAACGCAUCCACGAUCUGGAGGGGUCACAGGCUAUUUCUAAACAGAAUGAAGAGGCCGCGGAAAAGAAGUUAUCUGAGUUAAAUCAGACGAAGUUGAAGUUGGAUGAGAAAAUCCUUGCUCAAGAGGAAGUUGUCAAUCGGCUGAAUGACGAGAUAAAGGUCCUGGAUGCGAAGUUGGAGGUCCAAGCUGCUAGAAUCAAGUCCCUAGAGGACUAUGGAAGGAGGAAAAGGCAAGAAGUCAUUGAUACAGUAGAGUUUUACGCCUGGCAAACCAAGAAAGACAUCAUGAAAUCUUUCCUUGUUGGCGAAACUGACAAAUGGGAUCCACAGGCUGACAUCGAUACUUGGGAAAUGUAUUUCGAAGGCUCCGACCCUCCUGUAGGUGAUGAUGGAUUCGAUCUGGGCACCUGCAAUGCCGAAGCUGAUUCUGGCCUUCCCAACCAGAUAUGACCUCGUUAUUAUUUGCUUUUCUUGCGUGUGGACACCUUCCUUUUGCUAGCCUGCUUUUUACUUGACAUAGAUUAUGUUUCGGGCCACAUCGACAGGUGGUUUUAAUAGAGAAGAGAGGAGCAAAUGAUUUUCAUAUAUGCAAUGAUGAUCAAAAGGGUUUACAAUAUGUUUUAUUUAUACAAUCACUAAUCAAGUCUAUAAGGUAGGUAAUAAUACAAUAAUAAUGAUAGAGAUAUGUAACGGCUAAAUGCAAUAUUAUGUCUUAAAUGUCAAUUAUUUAUUUCCUUCAAUACACCCCCACAAGCCAAGUAUUCUGUCACUUCCAAGAAUCCUGAGCUAGUCUCUAAGAAGGAUAAAGCGUUGUCGAGGAAGUGUUUUGGCGAGGGCGUCAGCUAUCUGAGCAGAAGAUGGAAUAUGAUGCACCUGAAGAAGACCACGUUGAACCUGCUGCCGAACAAAAUGAAAAUCAAUAGCUUCAUGUUUCAUGCGGGAGUGGAAGACAGGAUUGACGGAAGAUGUAGUAGCAUCUUUGUUAUCACAAAGGAGGAGUGGAGGAUAAAGGAGUGGGUGCCGCAACUCGUGCAAGAGAGAUUCGAUCCAAAUAAUUUCAGAGGCAGCGGUGGAAAGAGCUCGAUAUUCUUCUUCCGUGGAAGACUUAGCAAUAGUGCGUUGCUUAACAGAUAUCCAAGAUAUGAGAGAUUCACCGAGAAAGAUGGCAUAUGCGCUGGUAGAGGAACGGUCAUCAGGGUUCCCUGCCCAAUCAGCAUCAGCAAAGGCACAGAGAGAGGGGGAGGUGCUGCGACAAAGAUAGAGGCCAUGAGAGGCAGUGCCCUGCAAAUAUCGCAAGAGACGUUUGAGAAGUUGCCAGUGAUUAACCGUAGGUUUUUGCAUAAAUUGGGCCAAUUUGUUAAUAGUAAAGGCAGCAUGUGGGUGAGUAAGAUUCAAAUAUUGAAGAGACCCGAGGACCUGUCGAUGGAGAGUGGCAUCACACGAGCCCGAACUGUCAAACAGAGUUAGGGAGGCAGAGGAAGCUAACGGUGUAGCCACAUGAUUAGCUUCAUCCAUUUUUAAAAUCUUUAAUAAGUCCAUAAUGUAUUUAUUUUGAUCAAGAAAGAGUCCACCUUGUGUAGGAGUAACCUGCAUGCCCAAGAAAUAGUGUAAGGCUCCUAAAUCCUUGAUAGAAAACUUGCGGGCCAAUGAGUCAAUAGUCUGGCGUAUCAAGUCCGGUGUAGAACCAGUAACAAUGAUGUCAUCCACAUAGACUAACACAUAUAUAUAAGAUGGAUGGCAGGAAAAUAUGAACAGACUAGCAUCGGCAACAAACUGAUGAAAUCCAAGUGAGAGAAGGAACCCACUAAGAGCCUGAUACCAUACCCGAGGCACUUGCUUAAGGCCAUAAAUGGAUUUGCGAAGACAACACACAAACCCAGAUCCAUCAUUAAAACCAGGUGGUUGCUUCAUGUAGACUUCCUCAUGAAGAGUCCCAUGUAGGAAGGCGUUGUUGACAUCUAACUGAUGUACUGGCCAAUCAUGAGAGAGAGAAAUAGUAAAGACAAUGUGAAUAGUGACCAGUUUUAUGAACGGACUAAAAGUAUCAGAAUAAUCAAUCCCAGGGCGCUGAUGAAAACCCUUAGCGAUGAGUCGAGCCUUGUAACGAUCCAAUGAACCAUCCGGCUUAUACUUCACUGUAUAUAGCCAUUUACAACCUACAAUAUUCUGGCUAGGCCGAGGUGGAACAAGAUCCCAAGUACCCUGUCGAACUAAGGCAUCAAAUUCUACUGACAUAGCACUCCGCCAUUCUGGUACCUGCAUAGCUUGAGAAGCACAAGUGGGAAUAACAUGGUGAGGUAGGGGAAUAUUAGUAGCAAUAUUGGCUUGUGUAUGGGGUCGAAGGGUCAUUGGAUGAGUACG